UUGACUCGACCGUUCCGUCCGCAGGAAAAAGGUCGCUAGCUAUCCUCGUCGCAAAGCUUGACAGGCCUACGGAGUCGAGGGUGACUGACAAAGCAAAAGCAGGAUACCGGCUAGACCAGGGAUACAGCAUCCCCUCCCGCCCAAAGAGGUCCGCUCUAUGAGAGAGUCAUGAGUUCCACACCCGUCCCCGACCCCACUCACCGCAAGCGCGAACUCCCCCAGAACGAGCUCGAGGCUUCCUCCCAACUGAAGCUUGGUGAAUUCCAGAAUGUGCCUACGUUAUCGCUUUCCGAAGCCCGACUGGUGAUCAACAAGGUCCUCGAUCUGAGGAAGAAGUCGAACAAUAAAUACGAAGAGAGAGAAACAUUAAUCAAAACCCAAGACUAUCUCGAAGUAUUCGCACGGUUCAAGGAGAAGGAAAACAUUGAAGCUGUUGAGCGGCUGCUAUCGGCGCACACAGAGUUAGAGUUCUUUGAGAGAUCUCAGCUAGGAAGCCUAUGUUGCGACAAUGCUGAAGAAGCCAAAGCCCUCAUUCCAAGUAUAGGAAAUAAGAUUUCAGAUGCGGAUCUACAGGAGCUGCUAGACGAGUUGACCAAACUGAGGAAUUUCGUUGAAUGAGAGAAAAUGUGCCCUAUCGGGAUUGCAUAGAGCGUCGCCGACCCGAUUAAAGGACUGUUCCACGGCCAAUAGAAUGAGCAAGGUGGCGCGAGGUCCUCGAGCGAUAUAUUUUCAUCACGGCAAACGGAACCGUGCAUUGUUCAAAGUCUGCUUAUAUGCCAGCCCAACCUAUCCGCGCUUCCAUUGUGCGCUAUAUAUGUUGUCUUUCCCGGGGCCAUUUCAAUGGUGAAAGAACGUGCACGGUGGCUUACCAAGGCUAUGGAAUCGUUUCGAGGGACUGAUGCGCGGCAUUUGGAGAAUCCGGAAGUGGAAUAAAAGCUGCAUUCUAACGGCGUAUUUUGAUUCGACC